UGUCUUUCUUAAUGAUAUUGUUCAAUGGUAUUACGUAUGUAGCAGCGUUUUCUUAUUAUGCAUCGAUCGUGUAUUUUGUGAAACUAGACAGUAUUCCUUUCGGUCGUUAAAUAACCUGUUUUGAUGGACUCGAAUAAGCGCCACGGGAGAGAGCUCGAUAGCUUGGCCGUGAGUGACAGUGAGCCUGUUGGAUCAAUUACAGAUGUCAUCUCGACCGGGACAAAGACACAAACUGCAGCGAUCCGACACCCGUUAGGCAGCCGGACCUGACCACAUUCAGGUGUCGCACACCUCCUCCGAACCCUCUCUUGCUUACUUCUUGCUGUUAUUUAACAUCGUUAAGUGUAAUAUUAAAGUAAAAAAGUUUCAGGCUUUGGUUGCUAGCGGAAAAAAAAACUAUCGUUAGCUGUUAGCUAAGUGGACGCACACAAGAUGUCAAGUUGCUCGGCGAUCAGGCGAAGUAUUUGCGCCGUUAUCUAGCUGGGGGUUUAGAGAUCAUCUUAAAAAUCUCGCCUCUGCAAAAGCGAGAGAACUGCAUAGGUGAAAUCUGUGGAUUCUUUCCAUCCCUUCUUGUGCUGUGAUGGAGGCUGAUGACGAUGUGCCUCUCAUUUUAACCUGGGACGACGCAAACAGCGGUUUGCUUAGCGAAGAGACAGAGAGGAGAGAUGAGAAUGGAGGCAAUUACGAUAUAGUGAACAACGCCGUGAUUCCAACACCUGGGCCACAACACCAGAGAGCCCAAAAUGCGUCAUUACGCCACAGCUGGGAGAUGAACUAUCAAGAGGCAGCCAUUUACCUGCAGGAAGGAGAAAACAAUGAUAAGUUCUUCACCCACCCACGGAACCCAAAGGCAGUGGCAGCUUACCUGUUUGCCCACAACCAUCUAUUCUACAUGAUGGAGCUGUUGACUGGCCUGCUUCUGAUGGUGCUGUCACUGUGUGAGGCUCCUGCUGUACCCUCACUGCGCCUGGACGUCUACGUCCAUGCCACUCUGGAGCUGCUGGCUUUGGUCAUGGUGGCGUUUGAGCUAUGCAUGAAGCUGCGUUGGCUAGGUUUCCAUACCUUCAUUAGGCACAAAAGGACUAUGGUGAAGACAUGCGUGUUGCUGCUACAGUUUGUGGAGGCCAUUGUUGUUCUGAUCAGACAGACGUCUCACAUGCGAGUCACCAGAGCUCUCAGACCCAUAUUCUUGGUGGACUGCAGAUACUGUGGUGCUGUGCGCAGAAACUUGCGUCAGAUCUUCCAGUCCCUCCCCCCUUUCAUUGACAUCCUCCUACUGCUGCUCUUCUUCAUGGUUAUAUUUGCUAUCUUGGGCUUCUGCCUAUUCUCUCCAAACACUGCUGACCCGUACUUCAACACCCUGGAGAACAGCAUUGUCAGUCUGUUUGUACUGCUGACCACUGCAAAUUUCCCUGAUGUGAUGAUGCCAGCAUACUCUAGGAACCGCUGGUCCUGUGUCUUCUUCAUUAUUUACCUCUCCAUAGAACUCUACUUCAUUAUGAACCUGCUUCUGGCAGUGGUGUUUGAUACCUUCAAUGGUGUCGAGAAGAUGAAGUUCAAAUCUCUUUUGCUUCACAAACGUUCAGCUAUUGACCAUGCUUUUCAGCUGCUGGUUAGCCGACAGAGGCCGAUGGGAGUGUCUCUGAAGCAGUUUGAUGGCCUGAUGCGUUUCUACCGACCCCGAAUGUCUGCUAGAGACCGCUUCCUCACAUAUAAAGCUCUCAACACCUCGGGGUCUCCUAUGCUCAGUUUACAGGACUUUUAUAAGUUCUAUGAGGUCAUUGGCCUUAAAUGGAAGGCAAGACGGAGUGGUGAACACUGGUUUGAUGACAUGCCACACACAACCUUCCUCAUUUUUAAAGGCAUUAAUCUGCUGGUAAAGUCAAAGGCCUUCCAAUAUGCUAUGCAUGUGGUGGUUGCUGUUAAUGGGGUGUGGAUCCUUGUGGAGACUUUUAUGAUUAACAGUGGGCUUUCUUCAUUCAAAUUUGUACCGUGGAGUUAUAUCGUCUUCCUUACCAUUUAUGGUGCUGAGGUGUUAUUAAAAGUAUCAGGCUUGGGGCCAGUGGCUUAUUUCAGCUCUGGGUGGAAUCUCUUUGACUUCUCAGUGACAAUGUUUGCCUUCCUGGGCUUGAUUGCUACUGCCUUAGACAUGGAGCCUUUCUACUUUAUUGUCGUGCUCAGACAGCUCCAGUUGCUCAGGUUAUUUAAAAUAAAGCAGAGGUAUCGCAACGUGUUGGACACCAUGUUUGAGCUCUUCCCCAGGAUGGCAAGUCUGGGCUUGACCCUGAUAAUCUUCUACUACUCCUUUGCCAUCGUAGGGAUGGAGUUCUUUGCCAAUGUGGUGUACCCCAACUGCUGCAACACCAGCACAGUAGCAGACUCUUACAGACAGAUCAACAUCACCAUAGACAACAAGACAGUGCUGCAGGAAGGCUACUAUUAUCUCAAUAACUUCAACAACAUUCUUAGCAGCUUUGUCACACUGUUUGAACUGACGGUGGUCAACAACUGGUACAUCACCAUGGAAGGAGUAACCUCCAUGACAACCCACUGGAGCCGGCUCUAUUUUAUGACAUUCUACAUUGUUACUAUGGUGGUGAUGACCAUUAUUGUGGCCUUCAUCCUGGAUGCCUUUGUAUUCCGCAUGAACUACAGUCGCAAGAACAGAGAGCUGCUUGAGAACCCAGAAGAUGAGAAUGGGAUUGUGUUUGAGGCCGAGGUCAGUCGUGAUGAAGCUUUAGCCACUCUGGAGCUUUACAAACAGACCUAUCUGGGACCUUCCUCCCUCAGCUCUCUACAGGGACUCCUACACGCAAUGGACCGCAGUGGGCACUCGUGUCUUAUGUACCUAGGUCGAAGGUCAAGGACUAAGAGUGACCUCAGCAUGAAAAUGUAUGAGGAGGAGAUCCAGGAGUGGUACGCAGAGUAUUCUAGGGAGAACCUGCCCAAAGAAGGCCAAAGCUUGGAACAGGAGCUGGGCAGUCCUUUUUCUGACCCUCAGCUCAACUCACAGACUGAACCUUACAGCAUCAACUAACUCUGCAGUCCUUUCCACCAUCCCACACUUCCUUGGCUGCAGUAGGCAGCUAUGCCUGGGCCUUGAUGACUCAUGUGGUGACAAGAAACAGAAACCAGACACACUCUCCAAUCUGCGGCCCCCAACCCCAGACAGUGG